AUGAGUUCAGCAUUUGAGAGUGUUUCUGGGUCCGUAUAUGGCGUGCGAUCGGUUCCUUCGUCGAUCCCAUCUUCGCCUCGUUCGGUACCGGCUCUUCCGUCGCCUCCAACGUCACCCAAUCUACAUGGAAUGUCUCCCCCCGGGUCUCCAUCCUCCCUAGGAUCUUUUCCAUCUGCGCUGUCUGCAAUGGGAUCAAUAUGGUCACUUGAAGAAGCCAACGUAAGCCGACGAGACGAUGAACUAGUGGCUUUUUCAUCGCAAGACCACCCCGAAUCGGCGCAUCAUCUUGUGAUUCCUUCUCUUGCACUCGGCCCAUCUCUUAUGCCUACUCCCCCUCCUCCCGAGGCAGAUGUAGCAUACGGAGAAGCGCUGGGAAACGUGCGAAUUCUUGUGCUUGGGGGAGAACGGAGUCUGGCGGACAACCUUUUGAUGCGCAGCCCCCAAGUAGUACACAUCCAUGGCUGGGACCAGCCCUCGGGAGAUGUUGUUUCUUGUCUUGAAGCUUCUACAAUACUCGCCGACCGCGAACGGAAUGUUCGGCUGACGGUGAUGCCCUCGUAUGACCCCCGAGAUAACGAGGCAACAAAGCGCGCAGUCUCUCAGGUCCUCCAAACAUUACGCGCUUCAUUUCAGACAUUGCACCAGCAGCUUCACCCUGCUCGCGCCCCCGGUCCUGACUUUACUGCCAUGCUCGCCUCCCACCGAACGCCGCUUGUCACGGCUGUCGUGCUCGUGGUGUCAGAGCCCAUUACGGCCAAGGAGCACGACAUCAUUUCCUCGAUCGCUUCACACGCACCCGUUAUCACGUUACCUCAUCCAAACAGGCGGCGCCACCCCCAUCCCACUCGUCCACAGACCAGGUCCAACUCCCAGACCGGACUGGAUACUUACCACCUAGCUCCUCCCCCGCUUAACAGACACGCCACGCAGCGUCCACAUGGCCAUGAACGAGGACGUACGACCCUGAGACGACCGCAAUCCCACGCAUCUCCUCCAUUCGCGGCGACAUCACCACCAUUUGCGCCGUACUACUCUACUUCUCCUCCAUUUGCGCCCGUGACUGCUUCUCCCCCUUUCCCUCCUCCACGCGAGUACGUUCUCCAUCUUAACGGUGCUUCCGAACUCGCCUAUGUUCUCUUCCACAACCCACGUGCCUUGGCCGGACUACGAGAUGCCGCGGCCGCACGAUUCGUUGCUUGGCGUGAACGCGAACAUGAUCCUGCGCUCAGUCCCCAAACCCAAAUCGCUAAUCGAGAACCACAGCCCGCAGCUGGAUUGUUUGGUUUCGAAGACCCCGAAGCAGGGUCCGACCUUGAGCCACUCCAGUCCUCCUCGGACCAGGAUGACGAAAACGACAUGAUGGUCAUGCGCAGGCUAUGGCAACUCAGUGCCCACGAACCGAGUACAGAUGAACGCGGUGGGACUCUCCGACCCAGCGCGGCGCGUGAACCACUCCCGAGCUUUGUGACUCCCCCAAGUUUGGGCGGGGCAUCUCCUUCCCCGCAAUACCCUCCCAGCCAAAGCAAGGUGUCAUCUCGGAGUACACAUGGGUCAUCUCCCAAUCCGGGUUCGGUGUCACCUUACCCUCCUAUCCGACGGUCAACCAAACGCAAGGCAGCAGCCCUUGAGCGGAGCGUGUACCAUGACCCGCUGCACAUUCCUUCACUCGUCGCAUUGGCAGUCUCGGUCUUGCCCCAGAUGAUCAGCCGGGUACUGGGCUUUAGUCGUACCCGAAACCAUAAAUCCAAAUACAGGAACAUUCAAUCGGGAAACGAAAACGACGACGAUGAUGGGACAGGAAAGGGGUGGAGUGGUUUGCGUGUUCUAAUACGGGUGGGAGCCGCGUGCGCAGCUACGUUCUGCGCAGGCUGGGUUUGCGGGUUUUGGAUGUCUUGA